CAUUUGUCAGUCGGCUGUUGAUCCCCUAAGACAAAAAUCUUUUUUUCAUAAUGAUCACAGUCAUUUAUAAAUAAUUUAUCUAUAUAUACAUAAAUAUAUGUUUGUUUAUUUUUUUGUGUCUCUAAUUGAUAAUUUAUUUACAUUUUUUUAAUGCCGUGUUUAUUACCAAUUAUUUUAACGACAAAAAAUUAAUUAGUGAGGUUAAAAAUGUCGGAUAAUAUUAAAGUUGCAAUUAAAGUCCGUCCGUUGAUAAAACGCGAGAAAGAUGACCGACUUGCCGAGCAAUGGAUCACGGAAAAUAAUUGUAUCCAGCAAAUAGACCCGGAAUCAAACAGAAGAGCCGAUGCCAGGUUUCACUUUGAUUACAUUUUUGGAACGAAAGCGAGCAAUCAAGAUGUUUUCGACCAGACGGUGAAGCCAAUUGUCGAAGCGGCAAUGAAUGGCUUCAACGGGACGAUAUUCGCUUAUGGGCAAACCGGCUCGGGUAAAACUUACACGAUGAUGGGUAACAAAGAAGAACCUGGUGUGAUUCCUCUGACAGUAAAUUAUAUAUUUAAUUAUAUUCAUAAUGACUCUACUCGCAAAUAUUUACUGCAAGUGUCAUACAUCGAAAUCUACAACGAAAAAAUAAAUGAUUUAUUGGACAAAAACAAACAAGAUUUGAAAGUGAAAGAGGAUUUUCAAGGUCGUAUUAACGUCGAUUGUAAAGAAGAGGUUAUUAAUUCCCCGGAAUGUGUCCUGCAUGCUAUGAGGAAGGGCGAGAAGGCACGUAGAAUUGGUGAGACGAAUAUGAAUGAACGCAGUAGUAGGAGUCACACUAUUUUUCGUUUUACCAUCGAGAGCUGCCGAGUUGACGACCCGGACGGCGCAACAACGGAAGCUCAAUUGAAUCUGAUCGAUUUGGCGGGUUCUGAGAGAGCUAGACAAACUGGUGCCACUGGUGAACGCUUCAAUGAGGGCAAACACAUCAACUUGUCUCUCUCAGCACUGGCUUUGGUGAUAAAACAACUCAGUGAACCGGGUACCAGUUUCAUAAAUUACCGCGACAGUAAACUUACGAGAAUUCUACAGCCAUCGUUGGGAGGAAACGCUCUUACGACAAUAAUCUGCGCUGUUACUCCGGCUGCCAUUGAUGAGACCCAGUGUACACUGGACUUUGCAGUGAGGGCCAAGGGAAUUAAGAACAAACCGCGAGUAAAUGAAACUGUGUCGGAAAAGGCGCUGCUGAAACGUAUGAUGAAGCAUCAAGCGAUGCUGGAGGCUGAGUUAGAAUCAGCUCAGACGAAGCUCGCGGAGAAUGAAAAGGCUUUCCUUCUACAGCGCAUUGAACUUCUGAGCAGAGCCAUCGUUUCUAAGCCGAUGACUGAAGAACAGAAAAAUAAAGAUCGCAGAAGACGAACUUGGGCCCCUGGUAAUUCGAUGAGAAGUUUUACGAAUAAAAGUUUGGAUUUCGGGCUGCCGACUAUCACUGAAUUUUCAUCUAAUUCACAUCAAAUGAGCCAUGGAAUUCAUGAUCAGAGUAUUAAUCACAUUGAUUUGAACAACCAAUCAUUUCACACAAUAUACCCUGAUUUUGAACUCCAACUCAUCAAGGACCAGAAUGAGAAGAACAGAUUUUCAACAGUGAGCGAUGAUGGUGAAGUCUUGCCAACUGUUACCAUCCGCGAUCAAAAUUUUGAAGACGACGACAAAACUCCCGAGCCAUCGCCGGAAAAAAAAUGUGAAUGUAUCAGGUCGCCUUCGACACCAAAAGUUGAACUACGUCAGCGGUUGGAGAUGCUGAAGUCGGAGUACCAUACGUUGCGUGAAUUUUCGACGUUGGAGAAACAGCUGUUUCAAGAAGACGGACUCGCUGCGAUGACUCAAUCAAAAUAUGAACGUGAGUUGGAGUUUGUCAAAAAAAGUCUGCAAGACACUGAGCAAGUGUGCAUGGAUUUAAGAAAAAAUUAUUCAGAAUUACAAAGCGAGCAUGCGAUUCUUUCAAAAGAUCAUCAAAGAGUCCAGCAAGAAUGUCAGCUACUUCGUGAAGAAAAAAAAUCAUUAGAAACUUUGCGUGAUAAUUAUCCAUCAGUUGAAGCUGAAAAAAAUGAGUACAAAAAUAAAAUGAAUGAAGCUCUGAGAAAAUUAAAAAUCCUUGAAGACGAAGCCAAUUCAAAUGCUUAUGAACUAGAACUUUUGAAGAUUAAGCAUAAGAAGCGCGAAAAAGAACUUGAAGAAUCAUUGAAUCUCGCUUGGAAAGAUUUCAUUGAUCCUAGUGAGAAACAAAAAUUAACUGACGUCGUUUACCUGCAAUCAGUCGUCAAUGAUUUGACUGCGAAACUCGAGGGUCAGUUGCCGUCAUCGCCUGCCAUUUCUGCUAAUGAUGAAUUGACUUCUAGAUUAAUGGAAAUGGAAAGUCAACUGCAGCGGUCUGCUGAAGAAAAACAAAAUUUGGCAGAUCAGCUGGAGGAAUUCUCCCGUCAGUUGACAGAAUUGUCUGAGGCCAAGAUCAUCUCAGGUAAUGAACAGGACUCAUUGAUCGCUGAUUACGAAAAACGUAUCCAAGAACAUCUUGAAUGUAUUGCGAGACUGGAAGGAACGAUUGCCAGUAAAGCAGCAGAGAAUGAAGACUUGGUCAGCAAAAAUUAUGAGUUGACUUGCAAGCUAACGGAGGCGAUGGAAAAAAUAAAAAAUAAUGAAAAUGCUAUUGACGAAAUGAAGAAAUCUGUUGAUGAUUUACAAUCUGACGUUGAGUUGAAGGCUACGGAAAUUUUAUCACUCAAGACUCGGGUUGAAGAGAUGGAUGUUAUUAAAGAGCAGGUAUUUUCAUCAGAUUUGAUCCAAGAUGCUGAUGAAGAGUUCAAAUUGGUGUUGGCUAGCCAGGACUCGCAAGAAAGUCUCGGUAAUAUGCUAGAGAGUUCAUUUAAAUCAGUCAUCGAGAUGCCUGGUAAUGAAGAUAAUUUACUAGAUGCCAAUUUAUUAGAAGAACAAAAGAUCAGGAUCGCUGAGCUUGAGUCGCUGCUAGAAGAUCAGAAGAAUGAGCUGCUGAGACAGGAAAAACUUCUGGAAGACAAAUCUAUGGAACUGAAAAUUACAAUCGAGUCAUAUUCAGAUAAAAUUAACGAGCUCCAAGUGGCCAAUGACAAAUUGAAGGAUCAACUGUCUGGGAUGCAGAGUGAAAAGACUCUGAGCGAAGGUGAGAAAACCGCGAUGCAGCUGCUGCUUAAAGAAAAAGAACAGGAGCUGCAGGAAUUGUUGAAAAUAAAGAACCAGUUGGCGUUCACUUCAUCCCAGAAUGAAGAGCUGGAGAAAAUAACAACCGAUCUUCGCAAGCAGCUCAAUGAAAAAUUACUGGAGCUUGAAGAGAAAGAACGCUACGAUUAUGAGAGUGAAAUAAAAAACAUCAAAGAGUACACUGCGAAUUUGCAGAAUUUGUACAGAGACGUGCAGAUUGAGAAUGAUAAUUUGAAGCAGCAGCUUGAUAAAGUCAAUGUGUCUUUGAAGAUUGAUACUGACAAGACGUCUCAAGAUGCUGGUGCAUUUGAAAACUCUCCCGACUCAUCUGUAAGUCCUUUGGAAAAAACUUGGACUGGCGACCACCAAAUUAAUGAUUCUAAAAAUAAUUCUAGAAUUUCAGAAGUAAAACAACUUAAAGCUCCGAAACCACUCAUUGAAUUCACACCAGAAAUCAAAAUUUCAAAGAACGCGACGCAAGAUGAAGCUGAAAUCAGCAGUAUCUUUGCCAACGGCAGUUAUUUCGAUAAUUUAAAUAUAUCAAGUACCCAAAGUGAUUCAAAUUUCACUGAUUCAAAUUUCUCGCAAAAUUAUUCAAGUCUUGGCUACUCUGUCAACAUGACAACACUUGAAGUAAAAUCAGAUAUUGAAGACUCGCAAAAUAAUUUGAAUGCCACUGAUUUUGAGUUGAUUAAUAAUUUGAAUGAAAAAAGUGCCAAAGAGUGUGAGAAUAUUGUACGCAAAUUAUUGAAAAUUAAAAAUACUCUUGUAGAAGAUAAUGAUAAAUUAAAAAAUAGUUUACAAGCUAAAGCUAAUGAAUUUGACGCCAUAAAUCGUGAUAUGGCUGAUUUUAAAUCGGGGAUGGAGAGUUUAAAAGAAACUAUUGAUGCGCUUAAUAGCGAGAAUGAGGAGACCAGUACUAAAUUAGAAGCAUCAAACCACGCGCUCACUGAAAUGGAAUUAAAAUAUAAUCAGAUGAAAAAUGAACUCGAAGCUGAAAUCCAGAGACUGAUAAAUGAAAAAAAAUCGAUGGAAAAUAUUAUAAAAAAUAACGAAGAUAAAAUAAAAGAUUUAAUGGCUGACAAUUUGGAAUUGACUAACGACUUGACUGAUAAAGUUGAAGAGUUGGGUAGAAUUCAGGAGAUGAAAGCUCUUCAGUUUGAUCACGAGUGCAAGUAUCGCGACCAGUUUAAUUAUUACGUUCAACGACUUGAGAUACUGGAGAAAGAGAAUAUCGAUCUGUCAAACAAACACAUGGAGUUGAUUGACGAGUACGAGACUGUCAAGGAUGCGUACGACAAUCUGAGAGCUAAUUCACAGGCAGGUGAAUUGGAUUCCAAUAAACUGCCAAGUCCGGAUAAAAAUUUAUCGGUACAGUCUCCAAAUGCCAGAGCAAGACGGAGUUGCUCACCUUCUCCGUCGCUGGAUAAAUCAAUUCAUGAUAUUCUAGAGCAGUACGACGAGAACGAAAGUUUAGUUCAGCGAGUCCGUGAACUAGAGAGUCAAGUUGAUGAAUUAAAAUGUCUAAAUAAAAAACUAACGAAUAUGAAGUUGACCUCUUGUAAAAACUGUGCUCAUCUAGCGGAACUUAAUGAGUGUCGUCGUACUAUGAAACAUGAUAUUAAAACAAUGAACCAACGUUACCGUGAAUUGGAAAAUAAAUUCAAGAAAGAACGCGCUGAAGGUGAAAUACUCACGAGUAAAGUCAAAGAGGACGUUGAUGUCAGUGUAUUUAACGCCACCAUGAACGAAAGUAUCUUUGAAGACGUCAAUGUCUCUUAUGCUGAAGCUGAGAUACAGAAAAUAUCAUCGGAACUGGAGAGCAUACGCGGAGAUUAUCAGAAAUUGUCUAAUUUAUAUGAAGAAAAAUGCUGCGAGACCGACACACUUCACAAUGGGAAUGGAGUCGACGUCUCUCCGUCGGCUACCGUGUCACCUAAGUCAAGCAAACGUGACGGGAGGUUUGAAAAAAUUCAAAAUGAUCUUCAGCGUUACAAAGAUGACCUCCAGCAAGUAAAUCAGAGUAUUUGUAGUAUUGACAGCAAAUUGAAAAAGUUCCAGAAUGUGAAAGCGAGUAUGGAGAAAGAAGUUGAGUCUCUGAAGGCAAUCAAAGAAUCGCUGGAAGAUAAACUUGCGGGAGCUGAAAGAUCUGCCGCGGAAGCUCAGUCUCGUAUUAGUGAACUUGAAGAGCAAAUCAGUAGACUGAGUCAGCAGUUAGAGCAAGCGGGGGUUGACAACAAGGAUCUUCAUGAAGUGACAAAAGAGUUGGAGUAUCAAGUUGAUGAUCUGAAGAAAACGAAAGAAGAUUACGAAAAGACCAUUCAGGAAUUGCGUUCACUGCUUGCAGAAGUCGAAGACAAAAAUUCUGUUUUGCAGACUCAAGUUGAAGACUUGAAAGCUACCAAUCAAGAGGAAUCGCCUUUGAAAAUUGAGUUGAAUAAAUAUAAGCAAGAUGUCGACAGCUUUGCAGCUCAGGUCCAGGAACUCAGGAACCAGCUGAGAAGUUCUGAAGACUCGAGGGAUUCGUUGAAGGAAGAGCUAGAGCUCGUAAAAUCUACGCCUCCACCUGAACGCCAGCAAAUUGAUUUAUUGACUACGACUAUUGAUGAGUACAAACAGAAAGUCGAGUCACUGGAGAUGUCUGUCAAAGAUUUGCGUGAGAAAGUCGAUCACUAUGCCAGAGAAAACGUCGAGCUCGCUGACAAACUUGCGACGAUGCAAUCCCAGGACUUGAAUGUCACUGAUAAUAAAAUGGAAGUUUGUGAUGAAAGUUUCAGUGGAGACAAAAAUAAAAAUAAUGAAGACUUGGAAGCUUUAAGGUCACGAUUGAUAAAAGAAAUAUCAUCUUUGAAGCCGCCCAAUGAACUUAAGGAUCUUGAUCUUGGUAACAAAACAGUUGGUGACAUAUUUUGUAUAUUCCUCGAGUCAUUGCUGUCAAAGGAAAAAGAAAUAGUUCACCUGAUAAACCGACGCAAUGCUCAAGAAAAAAAUAAACUUGAAGAAGAGAAAAAAGAACUGAUUGACGCUGAAAAACGUGUGAGUUUAUGGGCCAAGGAGCUGGAAACUGACAACGAAAGACUGCAAACUGACUUGACUAAACACGAGACCAAGAUAAAUUUACUGCAGAACCAGAUUUCUAAACUCGAGAGCUCGCUGAUGGAUAGCGAGCAUGAAAAGCAAUUGAUGAACGAAAAGAUGACCGUUAUGGAGACAGAUUUUAAUACUCUUCAACAAGAUUAUGAUAAAAUAGCGCAAACUGGGUCUACAAGCAGCUCCCAAGAACGUGAAAAAAUAAUCCAAGAAGCUCUUGAGGUUCAAGAUGCUGACCAUCAAAGGAAACUGAAAGAACAGGAACAAAAGUAUUAUGAUAAACUCAGGGAACUGGAGAACGCGCUCGAGUGCUGCAGAGCCAAGAACUCGGAUCUUGCUAAGAGUCUAGAAGGACUGGAAGUUAAUGACCAGCAGUGGAAGAACAUCAUUGAUAUGAAGACCGCAGAGCUGAACAAAGCCAACUCGACGAUCCAGAGAUUGCAAACAGAACUGGCCAAUCUUAUGGAACUUUACAAUCAUACGAAGGAGGACAAUCAGAGUAAGAGCAGCAAGAUUGAAGAAAUAACCGAGUUGUUGAAAAUAAAAUGUGAUAAAAUGUCCGAGUACAAGACUCAGCUGGAGACCAUUGGUCCUGAUUAUGAGCUGCUGAAGCAGCAGGCCCUCGAAAGGAAAGUCAGGCUCGAAGAGUACAAGAGUGAAGUGGACAGUUUGAGAGAGCAGAAUAGCAAGGAGGUCACUUCGCUGAAAGACAAGUUAGAUGCUGAGCAGAUAAUGUCCGCAGGACUGACCAAGCAGCUGGCGGAAGUCACAAACAGGUGUACUGCGAAUCAAAUGGCGCUGGAUCAGUUGAAAGUCAAGUACGAGGAGUUGGAGCAGGAAAAUGAACGUCUUGUUAGGAAGGUGAGGAACAGCACGAGCAAGGUGACUGUCAGUCGGGAAAUGGAGAUGAUGAAAGAUGAAAAUAGAAAACUGUAUAAUGAUCUUGAAGGAGCCAGCAAUCGUAUAAAAGAUUUACAGAGUAGCAAAACUCAGUUGAUGACUGAGUAUGUUGAGUUGAGAGGAAAGUAUGAACUCACGUGUCAAGAAAGGAAUCACUUGCAAAUGACACUGGAUACUUACAAAGCUACAGUUAAUUCCUCGGAGACUUUUGAGUUGCGCAGUAAAUAUGACGAGUUGAUUAUGGAAAAAAAUCUUGUUGCUCUGGAGCUUGAAGAGAAACGAUCGACAGUCGGGCAGUAUGAGAAAAAAAUUAACGAACUGAUGACUAGGAACCAAGAGCUGAUAAAGAAGAAUAAGGAAUUGGACGAAGAGAUGGACGACAUGUUGGGUAAAAUAAAUGAGAUGGAUGAAGAGAACACUGUGCUGCAGGAUAAAAUCUAUCAGAUGGAGAACGAGAAGCCUCAGAGUAAUGCAGAGUCGGGGAUUGACAUCAGUAAUGAGCUGGAGGCGCUAAGAAAAUCUGUUGAGAUGCUGAAGCAGGAGAAUGUGGAUCUCAAAUUAAAGUUGAACAGCAAAUGUGAUGGAGUUGACAGCAUUAGUUCCAGGACAUCCAGUCCUACAUUGGCCAACGUUUCGCGUCAGCGCAGAAGAAGUGAAUUGUACAAUCAGAAUCGCCCGUUGGAACUGGCCGAUGAGUUGGUUGAUGAUCCACUUGACAGCCAAUGUGAACGUUUGAAGAAGACAAUCCAAGAUCUUGAGGCAACUUUGGUCUUGAGAAAUGCUAAAAUCACGGCACUUUCGAUGCAACUCCAAGCUGGAUUCUUCCCGUACGAACAAAGGAUCAAUGAGUACGAAGAAGUUCUCGAAGCAUAUAAAAAACAAAAUGAUACUCUGAGGGAUAAAUUGAGAGGACAAUUGCAAGCCAAGUGUGAGAGAUGCACCAAAUGGAAGAGUAAUCACCGAGAACUGGGGGUUCAAACCGACGCUGAAAUCGUUACUGAGAAGAAAAAUCCUAGCAAGUGGAUGGAUGGUACCAGGAUCGGGAUCGGAAUAGUCUCGGAGUCUUUAAUAGAAACGAGGACGAUCGCAAAACUAAAAGCCGAGAAAGCUAAGCUCCAUGAAAUUCUACAAAAACGUAUUGAAAAAUCACAAGAGUACAAGGUGUACAUUAAGCAGUUAGAAAAUCAGCUAGAGAUUCGUAAACCAAACAUUCCAGAUAAAACAAAUAAAAACGGCGCCAGUAAGGAAAAUAUUCACGUCAACGUUUUGGGACAGUCGCAAUUGAUACCGCAUCGAUUCUGGUACGAAUAAUUGCCAGCGUCAUCAGAUUAUAAUUAUUUUCAUAUUUAUAAAUAUUUCAAUUAUCAUGACAGAUAUAUAUUCUUAUUUAAUAAGCAAUUUUUAAAUGUAUAUAAUUUUUUUUAAUAAUUUUUGAUAAUUGAAUGAUUAGAGGAUGCGCAGUAAUAAAAACUGCAUAAAAAAAUAGUUUAAUUAAAUUAAUAAAUUUACCAAU